AUGCAGGAAUUAAAAGAAAAACUUGAAAAUUUAUCAAUCCAUAGAAAGGAAAAACAAAACGAAAGCUUAUCCUCUGUAGAGGAUCCGUUACUAAGUAACGUUUCCGAUGGUACACAGAAGGAAAGUAGUAAUAAAGUCUUAGAAAAAAAUCUUUUUGUAAAUUUACCCUCGGGAGACUCCAAUCCUACGAAUUGUUCAAAAUUAAUUCAGAAGCCCGUACAAGAUACUGAAAAGGAAACAAGCCCAUGGCCUCGAAAUCGGUUGAUGUGCUAUAGUAAAUCAUCCCUGGCUGCAAUUGCAAAAGCAAGGAAAGAAGCUGAAAAUAUAAUUCGUAUGCAGUCGAGUUUGAGUUACAAAUUUCGACGAACGCCUUUACCCGAUAUAUGCCGUUCGCCUAAAAAUGAAGAACAAGAUAAAAAAUUAAGUGACAAUGAUUUAAAAAAAAGUUUGAGAGAAAAGACUGCAAAAAGCUUUGCUAUUGUAGAGAAAAAAAGUGACUCGACGGAAACUACUAGAAUUUGCCCUUCUAGAUCCUCCGUCGUUGAAUUGCCAUCGAAUGAAGAAAUAGCAAUAGCAUAUCCUCAAAUUCCCAGAGAGGGAAUAUCGAGAACCUUAAGUAGAAGCAGAUUUAGAGUCUCUAGAUAUGUUUUUAACAAAGACGAAAGGCCGAAAACAACGCCUGGCAAUAUCGACCACCGGAAAUCACUCUCGGAAGUAAACAAGGAAAUUUGUGAUUUUAUAUUAGAACCGGAAACCCAUAAACGAACGAGCCUUACUUUUCCCUCGCUUUCAACCGACAUAACUAGAACGAAUUUGAAUUAUCGAGUAGACGUUUUAGACCACGUUAACGAAAGUAGAAAACCCGAAUCUCGAAGUCAACUUAAAAAGCGAGCAUCUUCUUUAAUUAAAAAUCCGUCCUAUCAAAAUGAUGUCUUGCUAUCGUCUUCUUCGGGUACCCAGAAACUUACUCCGCUAGUCGUGAAAAAGCGAAUGCGCUGUUCUCAGUGCAGGAAAAAGAUAAACAUCACGAAUUCGUAUACUUGUAGGUGCGGUCGUUUGUUUUGUGCAAUUCACCGAUAUUCUGAAGUACACAAUUGCCAUUUUGAUUACAAGGAAGAGGGCAAAAGAAUACUGCAGGAAACGAACCCAUUGAUCGCAGCUUCUAAGUUGCCCAAAAUGUAA